AUGCCAGCACAUUACUCGCCGCUGGGUCAGGUCGCAAGCGACGACGACGACAACGACACAGCCUUCCAUCAGUCAUCUGCAACUCGAGUGUGGAGUGGCCUAAGAGUCUGGCAGUCCUUGACUCUAAUAUUUGCACUUGUAAGUGGUCUCCAGGCCGCUUACCAACACGUCCAUGCGAGAUGCCCGCUAGAUGGAUCGUUCGACAGUGGCUUCACCACAGAUUUAGCAAGUGCCCGAUCCGCAAUCAACACGAAGAAGAGCUUAUUCACAGGCUGGAUUUCAUACAAUCACACCACUAAAGAUGUAUACCGGGUCCUCGAUGGUACUUCCAUGCAGUACUUCGGAAAACCCUCUCCAGAGAUCGAUGAGGCAUGGCAGCACCUUCUGUACGGCCAGUAUCCGGCCUUGACAGAUGAUGAAGCAUUGCUGUUCUCGUCGGGCUAUCCAGUAUCGCAGAUGGCCGGUACCGCUUCGCAUAGCGAGGAUGCAAACUUCAAAGGCCUAUACCGCAAUCCAAUCGCAAAGCAGACCUACAUGCAGCUAGACGUCUUUCACUCUCUGCAUUGCCUCAACUACAUCCGCAAGAACCUCCAUGCCGACUACUACGAACAACAUCCUACCCACGUCGACGAUCCAAUGAUUCGGAUUCCGCCAUCCUGGCCAAAAGUUCAUCUUGAGCACUGUCUUGACCAUAUACGUCAGAGCAUUCAGUGCUUCGGCGACCUCAGUCCAGCGCCAUUCUAUGAAUGGCGGGGCCUUGACCUCACGAUUGCCACGGGACAGCUACAUACGUGUCGUGAUUUCGAGCAGAUCAGAAAGUGGCAAGAUGAGCGCAAUGAAAAGAUGCCAUUCAUGGAAGACGUGGAUUGA